GUUCCAUCGCAAUUUUGACUCAUCGACUUUUACAGCGGCAGGCUGACCUCCUGAAAAUUAAAUUGCAUUUGUAGACGGCACAGCUAAAGGCAACAGGAUGACUGGUAUUAUGGACUCGGUGGAAAUGCCCAAAUUGCCAGAAAACCAAAAGACCUUCGCCGGCAUCCCGGAGGCAGUGUUCCUGGAGGAGAUCGACACGUUCAUGUCGCAGCCGGAGAACGAAAACUGCGAGAAGGUGCUCCAGCGACUGGACGAGCAGCACGGCAAGUAUCGAUUCAUGGCCUGCAAUCUGGAGGCGCGGCGGCGCAAGUUGAAGUCGCAAAUUCCGGACCUGGAGCGCUCCCUGGAAAUGGUCAAUGUGCUUCGCAAGGAGGACGAGGAGCGCGAGACGCAAUUCCUGCUCAGCGACCAGGUGUUCAUAAAGACACUGGUGCCGCCCACGAAAACAGUAUACCUCUGGCUGGGGGCCAGCGUGAUGCUGGAGUAUCCGCUGGACGAGGCGGAGGCUCUGCUGAACCAGAACAUCACAUCGGCCGUGGGCAACCUAAAGUCCGUGGAGCAUGAUCAGGACUUCCUGAGGGAUCAAAUUACAACUACGGAGGUAAACAUGGCGCGGGUCUACAACUGGGGCGUGAAAAAGCGGCAGGCCGCUACCAAGACCACCGCCACUACUCCAGCCUAAAGAGCCGCACCCAUAUACCAUCCCAAGAUCAACAACGGUAGCAGCCACUGCUAUGCCUUUCGCGUAUUAUUUAUUUCGACAGUACACCGCAAGGGCUCGGCAGGCGAUUUCACCUGGUUUAUUCUUGUUCUCCACUGAUAGCAAUAAAAACGCCACACAAACGCAUCAAGUUGACUCCAAACGAGGUGCCUAUUCCGGAGGAAUCUAAUAUUUUACUUUGGCUACUGGCAUUUAACUGCAUCUAAACCGAAUAAACUGCGAACGCAAUUCA